AUGGAGUAUCCAUACUUCAACGCAGGCCCGCCACAAGGCUAUCCGUUCCUUGGUCUCCCAUUAACUCCAGCUCACAGUGGAUCAGCCAACUCGGAUGACUUCAACAACUCUCCACCGGUUGGUGCCUCUUCCCCUGUUGCAAAUCCAAUCCCAUGGCACGAUCAAAAGAUACUGACGCCCAGAUCACAGGAUGCCUCGAACUUCGACUUCCAAACCUUCGAUGCCUACCAGCAACAUUACAACGCCAAUGCCCUUCCAUUGGCAGAACCACAAACGCCACUCUCCCUCGACCAGAAGCCCCCCAUAGGCACCGGAGCAGGCAGUGGAUUCGACCACAAUAUAGACCACGGCAAUGAUGCCACGCAACGAGGAAGCAACAGCGACGACGACGACAACAGAACCCCCGCCCAAUCCCGUCGUAAAGCCCAAAACCGCGCCGCCCAACGCGCCUUCCGCGAGCGCAAAGAACGCCACGUCAAAGACCUCGAGGCCAAGCUCGCGACGCUGGAAAAGCAAUCCGCGACCGUCGUCGAAGAGAACGAGCGGCUAAAGCUCCAGCUCCAAAAGACCGCAACCGAGAACGAGAUCCUCAAGGCCACAUCCGCGCAGCCUCGUGGUGGUUCGGAGCCCCUCCCGAACGCAGGUCCUAUGCGCUAUUCCCCGACGGAUUUCUACACGGAGGUUUUGUACGCUCAUGAGAACAAGGUGCCUAGUCAUAGAAUUGUGACGAGCGAUACAGGCGAACGACUCCUGGCUGCGGGUGCAGCCUGGGAUUACAUUAUCAAGCAUGACUUGUAUGUGCGGGGAUUGGUGGACGUGGGAGCUGUAAGUGAGAGGCUGAAGACCGUUGCUAAGUGUGAUGGGCAGGGCCCCGUGUUUGAGGAGAGGGCGAUUAUCGCGGCGAUAGAGAGUAGCGUUGCGAGUGGGAAUGAUGAGCUGUUGUGA